AUGGUCAAGAACCUCGUCGUCUUCGACUUUGACUGGUCCUUCGUCGACCAGGACACGGACCGCUGGGUCUUCGAGGUCCUCGACACCAAGCUCCGCCGCAAGCUUCAGGACCGCAAGAGCGCUGGUUCGCAGUGCAUGCCUGAUGUUGUAUCGGCGGGUAAUGCCCUUUCCGAACGAGGGCGCAGGAGGCGUCAAGAGCGUGAGCACCUCGGUACAACUCACCCCUUACCGCUCACCGCUCGCCCUGUUUCGCAGCGCGCUGACCACAGCGACGAGACUAUGCAGGACCUCUUCAACGCCGGCUACAAGAAGGACCAGGUUCUCGACGCCCUGCGUCAGCUCCCCGUCCACCCCGCCAUGAAGCGCGCCGUCACUAACCUCAAGAACCGCGGCGAGACCACCUUCCUGUGUCUCUCGAACUCGAACGAGGUCUACAUCGGCACCAUCCUCGAGAAGCACGGCCUGACCGACCUCUUCGACCAGGUCAUCACGAACCCGGCCAAGUGGGUCGGUGACCGUCUGCACAUCGGCCGCCGUCUGCCCGCCGACGGCCCGCAGCACGGAUGCACCGUCGGCUGCCUGCCGAACAUGUGCAAGGGCGACGAGCUCGAUGCCUGGCUCGAGGCCCAUGGGGGCAAGGACUCGUUCGACAAGAUUGUCUACGUCGGCGACGGCGGCAACGACUUCUGCCCCCUCCUGCGCAUGCGUGAGGGCGACCUCGGCCUCGUCAGGAAGAACUAUGAGCUCGAGAAGCGCAUCGAGCGCGAGGGUAAGGAGAAGGGAUGCAAGAUUGACGUCACGCUUUGGGACCAGGCGUGGAUCGUCGACGAGGUCUUCUCCAAGCUCUGA